AUGGAGAUAGCAGUCACUGAUGGUGUUACCUCCACCACAACUCUUGUGAAAGUUGUCAUAUCACUGGCAAAUGAUAAUGGUCCUCGUCUUGUCCCUGGUUGCCUGUUGUCCAUCACUGUGGUUAGCAAAAGUUCCGCUAUUAUCACAAGGACAAACCUUGCUUACAUGGACAAAAACUCUCAAGAUUCCAAAAUCCGAAUCCAGCUGAUUUCCCUUCCAAUGUACGGCGUUCUUACAAAGAGCAAGUCAGGACAAGCAGCAGAGGAGCUCUCAGAGUUCUCCUUUUUUACCAUGGAGGAUAUCAACAACAGAAAGAUCAAGUAUUCUACGAUAACAGAAACAGAUGCCCUGGCACUUACUGACUUCUUCCAUUUCACUGUCUACAAUGUGGACAAUGACCGUCUGGACAACCAGAUCUUUACAGUUAUUAUUACAUCUGUUGAAAGAAGUCUUCCUAUCAUCAGUUCUAGAGAAAAGAUUUCCAUACGUGCCCUGAAGGUGGAGGAAGGAGGGCGAAUUUCUCUGUCUUCACGUGACUUGUUGCCCCUAGACCCUGUAACUUUAGGACCUCGACUCAGGAUAUAUAUAGUUGCUGGGCCAAAGUUUGGUUAUCUGGAGAACAUUAAAAAUGGUGGCCGAACUUCUCUGGGAGGUCAGAUUGGCUCAGACUCUUCAUUUCCAAUUCAG